UUAAAAUAUGACGGUUAAACAAAAACAUUUAAGCAAUUUUAGCGAUACAUAGUUUGUUUCAGAUUACAGUCACUAAAACAAAAAUUAUAUAUAAAAAUCUGAAAAAAUGCCGAGUGAAAUGAUAACUCUACAACUUGGCCAAUGUGGCAAUCAAAUUGGUUUUGAAUUUUGGAAGCAGCUUUGUAUAGAACAUGGAAUAUCUCCGGAGGGAAUAUUGGAGGAGUUUGCAUCUGCGGGUUCUGAUCGUAAAGAUGUUUUCUUUUAUCAAGCAGAUGAUGACCAUUACAUUCCUAGAGCAGUGCUUUUGGAUUUGGAGCCUCGAGUCAUUCACACUAUAAUGAACUCCCCUUACGCAAAGCUUUAUAAUCCAGAGAAUGUUUACUUAUCAAAGCAUGGUGGUGGGGCUGGAAACAACUGGGCAUCUGGCUAUGCUCAGGGUGAGAAAUUGAAUGAAGAAGUCUUUGAUAUCAUUAACAGAGAAGCUGAUGGAAGUGAUAACUUAGAGGGUUUUGUUUUGUGCCACUCCAUAGCUGGAGGAACCGGAUCAGGUAUGGGAUCAUACAUAUUGGAGCACCUAUCAGAUAGGUUCCCUAAGAAGCUGGUACAAACAUACAGUGUGUUUCCUAACUUGGAUGAAAUCAGUGAUGUGGUUGUCCAACCGUACAACUCUUUAUUAACUUUGAAGAGAUUGACAGAAAGUGCUGACUGUGUGAUGGUGUUGGACAACACUGCUCUCAACAGGAUUGCUAGUGACAGAUUGCAUAUACAAAACCCAUCAUUUGCACAAAUUAAUACACUUGUGUCAACAAUUAUGAGUGCUAGUACAGCUACAUUGAGGUAUCCAUCCUACAUGAACAAUGACCUAAUAAGCCUAGUGGCUCCACUGAUACCUACUCCACGUUUACAUUUCCUCAUGACUGGUUAUACUCCUCUCACAGCUGACCAUGAACUUAAUACUGCUCCAAAGAUUCGAAAGACAACUGUGCUGGAUGUAAUGCAGAGACUUCUUCAACCAAAGAACAUGAUGGUAUCACUGAGCCCUGAUAGAGCAAACCAACACUGCUACAUCUCCAUUCUGAAUAUCAUUCAGGGAGAGGUAGACCCAUCUCAAGUGCAUAAGUCUCUUCAACGCAUCCGCGAACGGAAACUGGCAUCGUUUAUUCCGUGGGGUCCAGCCUCCAUACAAGUAGCUUUGUCUCGACGUUCGCCCUACGUCACAGCGUCGCACAAAGUGUCUGGCCUACUUCUUGCUAAUCACACAAAUAUUUCUUCAUUGUUUGACCGGUGUCUACAACAAUUCGAUAAACUGCGCAAGCGCGAGGCUUUUAUAGAUGUAUUCCGCAAAGAGCCUAUGUUCCAGGACUCACUAGAGGAGUUUGAUGAAUCCCGUUCGGUUGUAGAUGAAUUAGUUCGGGAGUACCAGGCAGCCGCUACACCUGAUUAUGUCCAUUGGAACCCAGAAAGCAGCAUCUAAGGAAAACCAAAGUGUCAGUGAAUGACAUCAAGUAGAGACUGAUGCUGAAGUAUUCUUAAGUUACAUUUAACCAGUGUCAUUAACUGCAUGUCUCGAAUUUGUUAAUCUGAUAAUGCCAUAUGUAUAUACAUACUCUUACAUAGUUUUAGGAUUUUACUAACUUCUUGUGAUAUAAAGUAUUGAAGUGCAUAUCAAUUUACUUUGUACAAAUUGAUAGAUCUGAUUGUUGGAGCAGGUUAUAAAAUAAAAACUACAUUUUA